AUGGCAGAUGAAGCGUCUUCAUCGCUUCAGGCAGCGGAGCCUCUUUCCCGUCAGCCAAACACUCUCGCACCUGGAGAGGCCGCGAGACGCGCGUGCUUCAUUUGCCUCGAGGGAGUCAAGAGGAGUCGAAGGGACGGCCAGCUGACACGCGAUCUCCUCCCCUGUUGUUCCCAGUGCUUCGCUGUCGUUCACCGCAAAUGCUGGUCCAUGUAUCGCCGACGCCAGCAGCUGGCCGCUUUUCGUUCUCGGUUGUUGGGUCAAAGAACGCCGAAUCCGAAUCGGUGUUCCAUCUGCAAGACAGAUGAGAAGUUUCUGCACCAACGACAACACAGCAAUGGAUCGACUGGAAGCGGAGUGAAUGGAACGACGUCAGCACUUCAGGAACAGCUGCUGGCCUCGCUAGGGCGGCUGCUGCAAGACGACGAUGAGGAUGCAGACGAUCCUCCCCUCUGCUCGGGCGUGUGCACGUGCAUUAAUACAGGCCUACUUCUUGGCGUUCUCCUACUCGACCUCAUUCUCAUCGCGACGACGUCUCUGUACCCUCUGGAAGUUCUGCUUCUCUCCCUUUUCAUCGUGUACAAUAUCGUGACACUGCAGAUUAUCUGGCUGGCCGUGAAACAGAGAAGGGACUCCGUGGGGCAACUUCUCGCUCCAGAAUCCGAAUCAAGUUCGAGGCAGUCGAGCGGAGACGAUUCUGAUCCUCCGGAGAGCCAGGAUGGAAGAGGGAGUGGCGACCGCCCCCGCAUUCCCGGAGGCGGAAGUUCACGCCGCAGCGAAGCGUUUGGGAACACAGACAGCUCUGGCAGUGGGUACUUUGACGUGCGAGAAAUCAAU